UUCCGCUAUUUCGCCUUGCUCGGUGUUUUCGUGCCCCGCUUCGGAGGAUCGACAAAGUCGAUGACGUUCCUGAACGACUCGCUUGUGAGGUCUGAGAGAGAAGUUGCUACUAAGUAUCUGAUAUUCCCUCAAGGCAGCAACGUCCAACUCGUCUACUGUCUAACUAUGAGCACGUACACGAAGCCUCAAGGAAUUUUCGCCGUUGGUGUUACCGCCGGACUGGCGUGGGAACUACCCCAUAGAAAUACCGUGCCUUACAGAAAGCCGGCCGAGGUUUAUCAUCGUCGAAGCAGAAGAGAGCUAUAUCGUAAAGUGGAGCUGAUGCUAAAAACCCAACAGAAGGACGGCAAAGCCUGCGUGCUCAAAGCGAUCUGCAAGGCUGCCAGGCGUAAACACGACCACGUCGGGAGAGGGAGCUUCGUCGAGGAGAUCCUACACGCCAUAUUUACUCUGCCUGCGGGAUGGUACGACAUCGAUCCGAUGACCGAAUACGAGCGAACGUACCACUUGGGUGAGAAUUGCGACGAGAUGCACGCCAAGUGCCCAGAUGUCUUCUGAAGUGCUGCAAUCAGCGUGAUUAUCUUACACAGUCGCGAAACGAGCAGCUAUCACGAAGAACUCUCCCCCUCUCGUCUCUUCACCGUAAUCAGAUUAGUGAAGUG